AUGAAGUCUGAACCUGUCUUAUGGACAUCCUUUAUUGUUUUCCUUUUCCAUCUUGUUUAUGCUAUUGAAGUUCCUUUGGACCUUAUUCAACCGCCAACCAUUACUAAGCAAUCUGUGAAAAAUUAUAUUGUUGAUCCACGUGAUAACAUCAUCAUUGAGUGUGAAGCUCGGGGAAAUCCACAUCCAACAUUUACAUGGACCAGGAAUGGAAAAUUUUACAAUGUUGCUAAGGAUCCAAAGGUUUCAUUUCGCAGACGUUCAGGAACCCUUGUCAUAGACAUUUGGGGGGGUGGUAGACCUGAAGAUUAUGAAGGGGAAUAUCAGUGCUUUGCUCGCAACCAGCAUGGGACAGCUCUUUCGAAUAAGAUCUUACUUCAGGUCUCUAGAUCUCUACUAUGGCCAAAAGAAUACCUAGAUCCGGUUGUUGUAAAUGAAGGGACAUCUCUCAUUCUGCAAUGCAACCCUCCUCCAGGUCUCCCUCCUCCAGUCAUAUUCUGGAUGAGCAGCUCAAUGGAGCCAAUUGUGCAGAACAGAAGAGUGUCCCAGGGUCUGAAUGGAGACCUCUACUUCUCUAAUGUCUUGCGUGAGGAUGCUGUGACAGAUUAUAGCUGCAAUGCUCGCUCCCAUUUCACACAUACCAUACAGCAGAAAAAUCCAUACACUUUAAAAGUACUGACCACUCGAGGGGUACCAGAGCGGAUACCAACAUUCUUGCUGCCUAUGGGGACAUCAAGCACCAAGCUGGUUCUGCGGGAUGAAGAUCUACUUUUGGAGUGCAUUGCAUCUGGCGUACCCACUCCAGAAAUUAUGUGGUAUAAGAAAGGAGGAGAGCUGCCCAGUCAGAAACUGAAGUUUGAGAAUUACAACAAGACCCUGCGUAUUUCACCUGUCUCUGAGGAAGACAGCGGAGAGUAUUUCUGCCAGGCAUCAAACAGGAUGGGAAGUAUCAGACACACAAUUUCUGUUCGUGUUAAGGCGGCUCCUUAUUGGCUGGAUGAACCAAAAAACUUGAUUUUAGCCCCAGGUGAAAAUGGUCGUUUGGUUUGUCGAGCCAGUGGCAACCCUAAACCCAUCAUUCAGUGGCUGAUGAAUGGAGAAGCAAUUUCAGUAAUAGCUCCAAACCCAAAUUUUGAAGUUGCUGGUGACACUGUCAUUUUCCGAGAAGUGCAGACUGGUAACAGUGCAGUUUUUCAGUGUAAUGCUUCUAAUGCCCAUGGAUAUCUGUUGGCUAAUGCUUUUGUCUCCAUACUUGAUAUUCCAUCGCGAAUGCUGGGCGUUCGAAACGAGUUAAUUAGAGUAAUUGAAUAUAAUAGGACCCAGUUAGACUGCCGCUUUUUUGGAUCUCCUAUACCUACUCUUCGCUGGUUUAAGAACGGACAGGGCAGUAACCUGGAUGGAGGAAAUUACAGAGUGCAUGAAAAUGGUACACUGGAGAUUAGUACUGUGCGAAAGGAGGAUCAAGGCAAAUACACUUGUGUUGCUACAAACAUCCUUGGCAAUGCUGAAAACACCGUAAGGCUGGAAGUCAAAGAGCCAACUCGCAUCGUGAAGGGUCCAGAAGAUCAGAUUGGUAGACGUGGCUCCACUGUUCGGUUGGACUGUCGUGUUAGGUGGGAUAAUACACUGAGACUAACAGUCACUUGGAUGAAGGAUGAUACUCAGUUGUACAUAGGCAACAGAAUGAAGAAGGAAGAUGAUGGCCUGACUAUAUUUGGAGUAGCAGAGAAGGAUCAGGGAGCGUACACCUGCAUGGCUAAAACAGAACUGGAUCAGGACUUUGCAAAAGCAUAUCUCACUAUACUGGGUACUUAUACUGAUUUUGUUAGCCCACUUUGUAAGAUAAAAUCAGAUAAACCAGACUCACCCAUGGAUUUGGAGCUGACAGAUCUUGCCGAAAGAAGUGUUCGUCUUACGUGGACCCCCGGUGAUGAAAAUAACAGUCCAAUAACAGGUUUCAUUGUGCAGUUUGAAGAGGAUCGUUAUCAGCCAGGCACAUGGCAUAACCUUGCCACUGUUCCUGGUAAUGUAAACUCUGCUUUUCUUCGUCUCUCACCGUAUGUCAACUACCAAUUUCGGGUACUGGCAGUAAAUGAUCUUGGUAGCAGUAUGCCCAGCCCAACAUCUGAAAGAUAUCAGACCAAUGGGGCACCCCCAGAAGUUAACCCCAGCAAUGUCCGUGGAGCAGGCACUCGAAAAGACAACAUGGAGAUAACAUGGACACCACUGAACUCCACACAGGCAUAUGGGCCAAACUUGCGAUACAAUGUCAAAUGGCGACAGCGUCAAUCAGGAGAAGCCUGGAAUAAUAUCACGGUUUGGAAUAACAAGCAUGUUGUUUGGAACACCCCAGUGUACACACCUUAUGAGAUAAGGGUACAGGCUGAAAAUGAGUAUGGCAGAGCAUCAGAGCCGAACACUGUCACUGGAUACUCAGGGGAAGACUAUCCUAAGACAGCACCCUCUGACAUUAAAUUAAGGGUCAUGAACAGCACUGCCAUUUCCCUUCAAUGGAGUCGUGUGACCCCUGCUUCUAUCCAAGGAAGCCUCAUGGAAUACAGAGCCUAUUACUGGAGGGAGAGUAGUUUGCUGAGGGGACACUGGGUCUCUCGAAAGAAGUUACAGCAGAGUUUUAUCGGAGAUCGCGUGCGGGGAAUUGUGUCAUUCCUGAUACCUUACAGCAACUACAAAUUAUACAUGGUAGCAGUGAAUGGGCGUGGGGAUGGCCCGAAGAGUGAUAUUAAGGAGUUUACCACACCAGAGGGCGGUAAGUUUCUUCAUACUGGAGGACGUAAAGUUUUUUCCAUUUGA